AUGGACUCUAACGUGUGCUUGAACGCGAACGUGACCUAUGCUCACCGCGUAGAUGACCCAGCGAACUACAACUGGUGCAUCGUCCCCGAGUCGGCAUAUGAUGCGAUCCUGUUCGCUGGAGUCGCUUUGCUGGUGGCAUGCGUCGUGUCCGGGCGAUUAUCGGCGGUUUGGGUGCUGGUAGCAGGUCCGGGAAACCCUCGUCACACCGCCUCCGCCGGCGUGUAUGUCGUUCUGUCAAUCCGUUCGUCUGUCUGCUCGGGCGACGCGGUGACCGAGGGGCUAAACCUCCCUCCCGCCAAAACGCCAAACCUCCAAAUGGCACCACCGCACUCGGCACUGGACCGCAUUUGGCACUGGACCGCAUUUGGCACUGGACCGCACUUGGCACUGGACCGCACUUGGCACUGGACCGCAUUUGGCACUGGACCGCAUUUGGCACUGGACCGCACUUGGCACUGGACCGCACUUGGCACUGGACCGCAUUUGGCACUGGACCGCAUUUGGCACUGGACCGCAUUUGGCACUGGACCGCACUCGGCACUGGACCGCAUUUGGCACUGGACCGCAUUUGGCACUGGACCGCAUUUGGCACUGGACCGCAUUCGGCACUGGACCGCAUUUGGCACUGGACCGCAUUUGGCACUGGACCGCACUUGGCACUGGACCGCAUUUGGCACUGGACCGCAUUUGGCACUGGACCGCAUUUGGCACUGGACCGCACUUGGCACUGGACCGCAUUUGGCACUGGACCGCAUUUGGCACUGGACCGCAUUUGGCACUGGACCGCAUUUGGCACUGGACCGCAUUUGGCACUGGACCGCAUUUGGCACUGGACCGCAUUUGGCACUGGACCGCAUUUGGCACUGGACCGCAUUUGGCACUGGACCGCAUUUGGCACUGGACCGCACUUGGCACUGGACCGCAUUUGGCACUGGACCGCAUUUGGCACUGGACCGCAUUUGGCACUGGACCGCAUUUGGCACUGGACCGCAUUUGGCACUGGACCGCAUUUGGCACUGGACCGCAUUUGGCACUGGACCGCAUUUGGCACUGGACCGCACUCGGCACUGGACCGCACUUGGCACUGGACCGCAUUUGGCACUGGACCGCACUUGGCGCGUCGGCUGCACCCUACACACUCCCAAUACACACUGCACCCCUAGUAAAGGCGCUCUGUGCGAGGUCGCCUCCUACCGCGCCAAUUUGGGUCGGUUCGGUAACAGCGUGGCUGUGUGGCUGGGGGGCAUCCACCCCGGGGAGGUGUUCUUCUACACCUUCCUACCGCCACUGCUACUGGACAGCGCAGCCCGAGUGGACUUUUUCAUUUUCAAAAAGGUGCUGGUGCUGUCCCUGGUAUUCGCCUUCGUGCUGGUGUGUACGACGACCCUGCUUGCCGUACCGCUGAUGCUGUGGGUUUUGAGGCUGGGUCCCCGGUACGGUUGGAGCUGGGCGGACGUGGCGCUGUUUAACGCCAUGGUGGCGUCCACGGAUGCGGUGGCAGUUACCUCUGUCCUCCGGGCUGGUGGUGCUCCUGAGCUGCUGGGGGCGCUGCUGGAGGGGGAGUCGCUGUUCAAUGACGCAUCGGGCUCGACUCCCUACAACCCCUCCCCUUGGUGGCCCCCGGCGCAUUGGCUGCCUGACCUGCCCCCCUGGGCCGCAGCCCUGGUUCCGGAGCUGGCUGCCGUGUGCCGGGAGUUCGCGUGGCUGGUGGUGGGGGGCCUGGCGGUUGGCCUUGCGUGUGGGUUGGUGCUCAAGUGGGCCCUACGUUUGCUCCAGUGGCGGCGUCUGAAGCCGCACGUGGAGGUGUCCCUGACCCUGGCCGUGGCCUACCUGGCCUUCUACCUGGCCAACGCCUACCUGCAGGCCUCGGGGGUGAUAGCGGUGGUGGUGUUCGGGGUGUACGGCGCAGCUACAGGCACGUGGGGGAUAUCUUCGCAGGCCCGCCGUGCGGGUGCCUUUGAUCGGUUCUGGGACGUGCUGGCGUUCUGCAUCAACGGCCUCAUAUUCUUCCUGUUGGGGGCAUCAGCCGUCAACUACCUGAUACGUUUGGGAGUAGAGCUGGACAUGGAGGGGGGCACCUCUCAGGGCCUGCUGCUGGAGACGCUGCUCAUGAUGGUUGUGUGGACCUCUGGCUUCGUGUUGAUGAGUCUGGUGGUGAACGCGCCCUUGUUGACCCCCCUCAUGACCUUACUCAGACUCAACACCACCUCGCCAAUAAAACAACUGGUUCGUGCGCGCGCCAAGGCCGCCCUGCGCCGCUUCACCGCCAACGCCCUGAGCGAGAUGAAGGCGGCUGCUGAGCUGGCUGACGGCGCUGACGGCAGCGGCGGUCUGGACAUGAGCCUAAUGCUGCUGAGGGGGGUGGACUGGGCGGCGGUGGAGAGGGCGGUCGACCUCACCAAAAAACUGGACGCCGUGUUUCCCGGUGCUCCAGCCACUCCGUCCGCCGUCACCGCCGCCGCCACCUCGACUGCUCCAGCCGCAGCUACUGCCCCGCGAAUUCAGAUCCCCGCCACAACUGUCGGCUCCACCAAGACCUCCCCUGGAGCGCGGCGCCGCAGCGGCGCAGCCGCUGCGGCCGCCGCCAUAACCACCCCGCGGCGGCGACGCGUCGGCCGGUCCGCCGCCUCCGCCGGCCUCUUGGAGCCCCUCAUCCAGCGGGAGGACAGUCUCAGGCGGCGGAGCGGCAGCUUCAGCCUGAAGAAAGAUGUACGGCUGCGGCUGGAGAGGGCCGCGUCGGCGGGCAGUAGUCGGGAGGUCGCCGCCGUGCCGGCUUCACGCCGUAGCCCUGGCCUGCUCAGCGUGUUCGGACUCCCGGGUGCCGCUGAUGCCGCCGCUGCCGCCAUCGCCGCUGCCACCGGUAGCGGCGGCGGCGGUACUGGAGCUUUGGGACCCUCAGUGAAAGACUGCGGCGGCGACGGGCGGUACACCGUCGGCCCCGCCGCUGUCGUGUUGCAGCAACCCCACCAUCACCAGCCUCAGCGGCAAAUGGUGCCACCGCGCAGCGCCGUACAGCUGGGACCAAUAGCGGCGGCCGCUGCCGUGACGGCGCCGCAGCAGCCGUCCGCGGAGGCUUCCGAACAGCUCGCCGGAGGACUGGAGCGUCGACGGCCGUCGAGCCAGGGCACUGACGCCGCCGCCGCGUGCAGCGGUGGCGGCGUGGCGACGGCGGCGGUUGGUCAGGAAGCCUCUUUGGAAUUGGAGGGACUCGAAGCUGAUGGUCUGCGUUGCAGCGGUAUUGCCAGCUCUAGCGUCAGUGCCAGUGCCAGCGGCGGUGGGGGCGGGGGCGGCGGGGGCGGCGGUGGCACGAUGGGACCCAUCGGCGGCGGUGUUAGCGGCAGGAGCUCGCUGCGGAGGCCGUUAACGCCAACAGCAGCAGCAGCGGCGGUGGCGGCGGCGGAGGCCCGUGACCGACAUCGCUCGUCCUUGUUGGACGAGCAGUUUGCGGCGCUUCAGCUUUCCGACGCGUCCGGGCUGUUGGAAUGCCCGUUCGCCUCCUACGCCGCUGCCUCCGAGGGCCCCCGCCGGGCCCCCAGAGAGAGCUCCUCCACCGCCGCAACCAACUCACCCAGGCCAUCUGCAGUGGGGUACCUGGCGGGGCCGGCGACGGCAGUAGCGGCAUCGCCGCCGCAGCCGACGUGGCUACCCUUGGCGGCGGCCGCCGGGAUGCCGCUACCGGCGGGCCGCCGCAGGGAGGGAUCUCCGGUGGCGCUGUCGCCGCCGGAGAUGGCCGUUGGCGGCGGCGGCGCCGCCGCGGGCUGGGGCCUGACGGCACCGGCGCUGAAGUUGUCGCGCCUGACGCGCAGCCCGCCGGCCCGUGGAGGCUUCCUCGGGGCAGGCGGUGGCGGCGACGGCGCCGUCACCCUUACCGUUGAUUUGGAAACGGCCUCCGCCGGCGGCGGUGACGCCAGCGACCGGGGCAACGUCACCCCAGCGGAUUGGACCCCGCAGCAGACUCCGCCGCCUCGAGGAGACGCACCCGCCGGACCACCUGUCUCGGAGCUACUGCUGUCAGAGCAGCAACAGCCGCAGCCGCAGCCGCAGCCGCCGCACGACGUGUACGGCAGCAUCGGCAUCGGCUUGUUUGGGGAUAGCGCCACAUCCGCGGCCGCGGGUUCGGAUGGGGAUGGCGAUGUUGACGUGUGUGACGGCGUUGCGUUUACGUUCGCUGGCCACUUGGGGCCUAUGGACUCCUCCCCCGUGGACAGCCCUCAGUCGCCCUCGUCCGCCCGCGGCCCCGCGGACCAGGCAGUAGCUCCGGCAGCAGCUCCGGCGGCAGCAGUAGCGGCAGUAGUGGGCUGGGUGGGGGUGGAGCCGAUGGCGGCGGCAGUGCGGUGUCCAGCAGCACCCGAGUGGGCGCCUCCAGAGGGGAGGAUCAUUUCUGACGACAACGACGAGGAGGAGGAGGGGGAGGAGGAGGAGGAGGAGGAGGAGGAGGGGAAGAUGAUGGUGGGGGCAACGCAGGGGUUUGGCCUUGCUCUUGGCCAGGAAGCUGUCCAAGGGUACGGCAACGGUGCUGGUGCCGGCGACGGUGCCGCCGCUGUGGUUGUCCGUACUGGGUCCCUUCUGGGGGACAUCCGGGAGGUCGGGGAGGACGGCGACGAUGAGGAGAAGGCUGGCGGUGGCAGUGGCGGAGAGUUGCUCAUGUCGACUUCCGCACCUGCCAGCUUUCGAUUGCAUACGAGUGGCCGCCGCGCCACGGCGGCGGCGGCGGCGGCAGCGCGGCCGGAGCAGCCCGCCGUUGCGAAGCUCGAGGCCUUGGAAGAGGAAGAAGAGCAUGAGGAGGACGGGUGGCCGGGACCGAGCGGUAGUGGUGGCGGUGGCGGCGGCGGUGGCGGUGCCGGCGGUGAGGAGAGGGACGAACUUGCCGUGGAUAUCCCCGGCUUGCGCAGCGAUGCCGCAACUACCGCCUCCGGCCCCGUACGGAUUCCCACCUCCCCCUCUCCUCCUCCUGGCCUCGCGGUCUUCCCGUCGUCACCGGACGCCACCGCAUCCGACCUGUACUGCACCCACUCCGAGACCUGGGGCCCCGCCGUCGACGCUGACGCGGACCCCGACAUGGACCCCAGGGCCGCCCUCACGGGCUCCCUACCCUCGACCUACUUGCUCCAAGCAGCCGCAGCAGCAGCAGCAGCAGCAGCCACAGCCACGGCGACCGAAGACACUGCCACGAUGCGCGGCGGCGGUGAAACUCCGGCAGAGGCCGCCGCCGGCAGUGGCGUUCUCGAGCGGGGAGCCGAUGCCGGGGCUGAAGGUGGGGCCGGGGCCGAGGGGCGGCUUUCCGAUCCCGGCGGGUCGGCGGCGGCGGCGGCGGCGGCGGCUCGGCGGCCCCGUCGCUCCGCUUUGCGGUUCCGCGGCCCGACAUCGGUUUCGAGUCUUGCGGCCGGAGCUGCAGCGGUCUCCGCCAGGCGCCCCCGUGCACCCCUAGCCAGGAUGAGCCCCUCCUUCGCCAUCGGAGUGGGCGUGGAGGGGGAGGUGCACCGGCCCGGCACCGUCGGCCUCACCCGCCACCUCAGCCUGGGCAGGGAGAUGGCGGACUCCGCGGCCGCCGCCGCCGCCGCCGCUUCUGCCGCCGCCUCCUCCCCCCCCGACAACGCCCCGGGGACUCCGUGGCGCCUGGGAAGGCAGCCCAGCAGCAGAUGGUUCUGCGUCGCCGCCACUGAUGCCGUACAUUACCAGCGGCUGCGGCAUCGACAGCAGUUACUGCAGCACGGGUUACCGGGAGGAGGGGAAGGAGGAGGGAGGAUGAUGGCCGUGGCGGCUGGCGGAGGCGCCACGGCUCCAACAACUGCGGCGGCGGCGGCGGCGGCGGGACGCAGCGUGUCGGGACGGCGAGUGGGGGCGGCGGCGGGGAUGGCAGAUGCGGCGGCGGCAGCUACAGCAAGUGACAGGGGUCGCAGUGAGGGGGGGGCCGGCGGGGGUGGUGGUGGCGGCGGGGGCGGCGGCACAGUACCUCAACCGGUAAUCCGCCGAUGGGCGUCCUUGCAGGACCUGGCUGGCCACCACAGGGCGCUGAACGCGUUGCUCCCACAAAUGGAGUACCGCAUUCGUUUGCUCGCGGGUUUCAAGAGAUUCUUUCACGAGGAGGCUCUGGAGGGAGUGUUGAGUCCCGGCGAUGUUAUCCAGCUCCUUAUCGCGGGUGAUGCUGGUGGCUAUGGAGGUGAGCACCGCUCCCCUCAGCUGCAGUGGCUGCGGUACGCGGGCCCCGCCGGCCUGGCCGUGUGGGAGGAGGUGGCGCUGCAGGGGGAGGCGGUGAGGCGGUUCAUAUUGGACCGGGUUAUUGAGGCGCCCGACAGAUUUCAGGCGACUCAGAGCCACCGAGCCGCCCUAGCGCUGCUACGCCAGCAGGUGGCGUUCGUUCGCUCCAUGUUGAAGAGCGGGCUGGUGGACGGCGACGAGGCGGAGGCGCUGAUGGAGCCUGUGGAGAGGCGGAUCUGGAGGCUGGAGGCGCGGGGGCCCAGGUGGCAGCAGCCCACCCUCGGUCAGGUUCUGGCCAGCUGCGCGCUGCUGCGGGGUCUGCCGCCUGCCGUACUGGACUGGCUGCGGGCGGAGGGGGACCUGUGGGCCCCCGCCCGGGGCGCGGACCUGACCCCCCUGCUGGCUAACGGGGGGAUAUUCAUAGUGGUCAUGGGGACUGUCCGGGGGCCUCCCACCUCCGCAACCGAGCAUCCCCACACCACCACCUCCGCAACCGCACACAGCCCCCUAACAUCCACUCCCCAGUUCUAUGUGGGUGUGGGCGGUGUCGUGGGUAUGAGUACGGCACUACUGGGCCGGAACGUGCCGGGUAUGGCAGUGGCGGCGGCGGUGGCGGAGGGGAACACCCUGGGCAAGGGCCCGGUGGUGUUUGCGCUGCCGCCGGCGGCGGUGGCGACUGUACGAGCGCGGGCUGCUGCGGGCUGGGAGCCCUUCCAGCUACUCCUACUCAACAUGUACCGCCUGGUGGGCGGCCACGUGCUGGAGCGGCAGCGCACCCCUCUGGUGACCCACAUCGCGGCACUGCUGACGGGGGUGGUGGCUCAUGCGGCCCGGGGGGGCGGCGGGAGGGGCAGGGCGGCGCGGCUGAGAGAGCUGCUGGUGGGGCAGCCGCAGGGGGGGGAGUCGCCGGACAGGAUGAAAGCCCCGACAACCGUCGCAACGACAAGCCUGCGCCGAAAACAAAAGGCCGUACUGGACGAGGUGUACGACGCUCCAGCUGCGGGAUUGAUGACGUGUAAUAACCCCGGACCGGGGGGAGGUGCCGUACCUGCCGAUGAGGACGAGCUGAGUCGGGCUGACGUGGAGGGCGAGGAGGCCGCCGGGUGUCUGGAGCGGGCCGCGGUGAUCGUGGAGGGUGUCCGUCAGGGCAUCAAGGCCGCCUCCCUGCGGGUGCUGCGGCCGGGGCAGUCCCUCAGCCAGCGCUCCACACUGGUGCUGCUAAACGGCACACUGCUGCAACACCACCACCAGCUGCACCACCCGCCGGGGGACAACAACAACAACGACAACAAUAACAACAGCCAUCCCGCCAAGGCAAACACCAAGGCAGGGCCGCGAGCCAGCGGUCGCCAGCAGCAGCCGUCACCCAACCGCCGCCUCCAAAACCCCACACUGCCGCUCAGACGCGGUGGUCCGCACGGUCUCACUGCCGGUCCCUGCCUGGCGCCCUUGCCGGUGUUCAAGCCCCCCACCAUCCUGCUGUGGCUGCCCGACCACUGCGAGCCAGCGGUGGCCCGGAUGUUCCGGCAGAGCGACCUGCUGAGGUAUACGGCAGCCGGACCAUGCGGGCGCGGCUGCCGGCUCCUCGCAACACCUGUCCAACUGGUGCCGCUGUGCUGGUGUGUGGAGGUGAAGGAGGGGGAGGCGGCGCCGUGUCGUACAAAUGAGCGCGGAAGCCCUGUGCGCAACCUGAUAUUGCAGUUGCAUACAGUUACAGCUACAGCUACAGCCUCCCUCGCAACUGAAGAGGAGGAGGAGGAGGGGUCUGAAGGCGUCAUUGGUUUCGGCGCGCCUAUUAGCCGAGGAAGAAGACGCGGAUUGGACUACCAGCACCAGCACCAGCACCAGCACCACCCCACACUGCAGGACGUUAUGUUUGCAAAGGCGUUAGCGAGUCACCACUCUAUGCGUAGUGCGGGUAAAGGGAACAUAAACGCGCCAACUUCGGAGCCCCCGUCGGCCAACACAAAUGCGGAACAGCCUUCCCAGCCACCAGCUGACAAGGCCGCGGAAGAUGAGGAUAACGAAACCUAUACAAGCGUGUCAUAUCUUGACAUUCUUAAGCACUGGAGCUUGAUGGGCUACAUAGGUUUCGGUGGACCAGCAGCACACAUCGGUUUAUUUCAGCGCUACUUCGUGGAGCGCUACAAGUGGAUGUCGCUGCAGGUGUUCACGGAGCUGUUCGCCCUGGGGCAGUGCCUACCGGGACCCACAUCCACACAGGUCUCCUUCGCCAUCGGCACUGUGAAGAAGGGCGUGCUGGGCGGCAUGAUGUCGGGAGCGCUGUUCCAGUACCCGGGCGCGGUCGUGAUGACGCUGGUGGGGGCGGGUGCUGCCAACUUCCUGACCCGGGGGUGGGGCUGGCUGGAAGGUAUUGUGGCGGGGCUUUCCGCUGUGGGUGUGGCGCUGGUGGCUUCGGCUGCUAAGGGGCUGCUGCUGAAGCUGUGCAAUACAAACGUAACUGCCAUAGUGGGCACGUUGGCCGCCGCCGCCGCCAUCUACUGGUCCGAGCCCUGGUUGUACCCUCUGCUCAUCGUGGUGGGCUUCAUCAUCACCAACAUUACGGAACGGAAGAUGGACCGCCGGCUCUCUGGCAAUGAUGGCGGCGUGGAGUCGCUCGGCUUCGGGAUGCUGGGCGGCGGCGUCCUCAUCGCCACCUGGGUGGUCGUACUGGUGGUGGUGCUCGUCCUGGCACGGACCAGGUACGAACACGGCGACGGGCCGCUCAACUGGUUCGAGGUGUUCUACCGCAUUGGGUCCAUCAUCUACGGAGGCGGCCAGGUGGUUCUUCCCAUGCUGCUCACGGACGUGGUGAAGAAGGGCGAAGAUGGAAAGGAGCUGCCCAACACCUGGGUCACGGAGAAGCAGUUCUAUGCAGGCCUGGGUGCUGUGCAGGCUAUGCCCGGUCCUCUGUUCAACUUUUCGGCCUACCUGGGCUGCAUCAUGGCCCUCAAGUUCAAGUACCCCUUCAUUCUGGGCGCCGUGUUGGCGUGGUUCGGUCUCUUCUCUCCCGGCGUGUUGCUGAUGUUCGGAGUGCUUCCCUUCUGGAAGCGGUUCCGCACCUGGCAGGUGUACCGGAGGGGGCUGUCGGGCAUGAACGCCGUGGGUGUGGGGCUGAUCCUUGCCUCCGUGUUCAAAAUGGCACUGGACGUGUACCACAUUAGUCCCUUCAAGACCGCCUCCCUUUGCAUCGCCCUCUUCGCUUUCACAGCGGUGGACGAGCUGAAGAUUUUCGAGCCAUUUGUGGUGUUGGGCGGCGCGCUCCUCGGGCUCCUCGGCUGGGGCGUCGAGCUGCAUUGA